ACCACAUGUAACAUCCACGACUUGUCACACCCAUUCGCGACCUCACGCCCUUCCUCAUUUCCCAACGAUCAGCUCUCAUAAUCCUUCCAUAUCCUUUCUUGAAGACUUCAUCCCGGAGAUCAUUCACGAUGUACGGCUCCUCAGCGGCUCAAAAAGCCAAACGCCGUACCCACACGCGCCCCGAACUUACUGAAGACCAAAAACAAGAAAUCAAAGAAGCUUUUGAGCUUUUUGACACGGACAAAGAUGGGAGGGUGGACUAUCAUGAAUUGAAAGUCGCUAUGAGGGCAUUAGGAUUUGAUUUGAAGAAGGCUGAGGUGUUGAAGUUGUUGAGAGAUAAUGACAAGUCCGGGCAGGGUUUUAUGAAUUUCGAGGAUUUUGCGAUGGCUAUGAGCGAAAGAAUACUAGCACGCGAUCCUAAUGAAGAAAUACGACGCGCUUUUCAUUUAUUCGACGACGAUAACACGGGGAAAAUCAGCUUGAAGAACCUCCGCCGGGUAGCCAAGGAGAUUGGAGAUAGGUUAGAGGAGGACGAAUUACAAGCAAUGAUAGACGAGUUCGACCUCGAUCAAGACGGUGAGAUAAAUGAACAGGAGUUUUUCGCAAUAAUGGCGGACGAGACAUAGUGAUAGUUUUGGGCGCUUGUAGUCUUCUCUUCUAUUUAUCGCUUGCUUCUUGCUAUCGCUUCUUCAUUUCUGUCUGCACUCCCGUUGUCGCACCAAUAACACACUACCCACCUGUAACCUGUAUUAGUACCACCAUACUUACACUCUUUUCGCGACGUGAUUGCACACGCGAUAUCUCGUCGUAUACUACUCAUCCCCUUCAUGCGGAGAAACAUGGAGUUUAUAACUAAUACGUCUCACGAGUCAUGGUACACGGUGGCAAUCAACUUCUCAGCUCUCGUUACUGGUGCUGGUUCCCUUUCCAAUGCUA